AUGAAUGCUGAUGCCCUGAGCAAUUGCGGAUUUAGAGUACCUUUUGCCUGUGUUAUUAUGGACACCAACACCAAGAUGAAAACUCUAAGAUGGAAAUUGCCAGAGUUUCGUAAACGUUUUAUGAAACAAUGCUUGGAAGGUGUAGUGAAUCAAAGUGAUGGACCUUCGACAUCUGGGCUUGUUCGACAACUGGAAAGAUUUGAGCUGAAACUGAAUGGUGCUGCGGACAAUGAGGCUGAGUACUGUCAUUGGUUAUCUAAAAAGACAAAGGAACUAUUUUCACAACCACCAAUGAAUGCUGAAUCCAAACCUUGUCUCUCAAACUCUAAUGCCUCAGGGGAAGUCUUCCCAUCUCAAGAAACUGGAAAAUCUGCAAAUACGGAUUGGAAGGAGCAGGUUUACCAAGAGAUUCAAAAGAUGAAUAGUGCCUAUUUUUCAAAAGUUUAUGUCUCUUAUCUAGAGAUGAAUAAGGCGCUUCAACAGCUUGCGUCUUUUCCUCAAGGAUCAAAUACAAAUCUUUUGGAAAAACUGAUAAAGAAAAUGAAACAAACAGGAUGUAUUUUGGAACUCUUCAAAUUGAAGAAAUGCCAAAUAACCAUCGAUACCAAGAAGAUUCUAGAUGAAGCAGAAAAGUUUGUAGAAUCUAAUUUUUCCCCAAAGAAUGUUUCUUCCCAUCAUCAAGGUCCAUCACAUUCUAGUAUUUCUCCAUUGAAAAUAAUUGAAACGAAACCAUCACAACAAGCAUGGGGAACACAGAACUACUAUAUAAGGAAGGAUGUUUCUGGGGAAAACAAGCCCUGCUUAAAAGAGAAGCAAGUGAAAAUAAUGGAAACGAAACCAUCAACUCAAGUAUUGGGAACACAGAAUUUUCAUAUAUGGAAGGAUGUUUCUCAGCAAACCAAGCCGCAGCAAGCGAAAAUAAUAGAAACGAAAUCAUCAGCUCAAGUAUUGGGAGCACAGAAUUUUUAUAUAUGGAAGGAUGUUUCUCAGCAAACCAAGCCGCAGCAAGAAAAAAUAAUAGAAACGAAUCCACCAACUCAAGUAUUGGAAACACAGAAUUUUCAAAUAUGGAAGGAUGUUUCUCAGCAAAUCAAGCCGCAGCAAGAGAAAAUAAUAGAAACGAAAACAUCAACUCAAGUAUUGGGAACACAGAAUUCUCAUAUAUGGAAGGAUGUUUCUCAGCAAAUCAAGCCGCAGCAAGCGAAAAUAAUAGAAACGAAUCCAUUACCCCAACCAUUGGGAACACAAAAUUCCUGUAUAUGGAAGGAUGUCUCUCAUCAAAACAAGCCAUGCUUAAAGGAGCAGCAAUUAAAAAUAGUAGAAGCGAAACCAUCAACACAACAAUUGGGACCACAGAACUCUAGUAUAUUGAACCUUGUUUCUCAGCAAAACAAGCCAUGCUUAAAAGAGCAGCAAGUGGAAAAACAAUAUAGCAAUUUCCCACAGCAUGUAGAUCAAGUGUCUAUCAUGAAAGGUCCUGACAAUGCCGUACAGAAGCAAGCCCAAGGUUCAGAGAAAGCAAGUGAAGCAUUGAGGGUCAGUGUAAACAGUCUGGAGACUUCAGCUUCACCCUUGACAGAAAACUGCAAUAAGCUUAAAGAAUUUUCUGAUAAAUCUACGCUGAAUUUUGAUGAGCCAAGUGAUGAAGUGAAGCGCAUUCUUAAAGUGUUAGCCGUCAUAUCACCUGAAGCAUUGAGCGCAUCAGUUAAUGAAAUGAGAGACGCAGUCUAUUUGAAUGAUGUGAUGGCAACUUCAGAGUUCUUAGAUGAACCACGAGAGAUGGUUCAACAACAAAACCAACCGGACCUCAUUGCACAAACUGGGAAAAGUGAGGCAUUUUCACAAGCUGGUAGGAAAAGGUCUCGAAGCCACAGUUUCAACCAGUUGUCUGAUGCUGAGGAACCUGACUGGACUUCAGUCGCAUAUAAAAAAAAGAAGCCAAGAAUUUUGGAAAAUUCUUCUCUUUUAGAAGAAUUAAAGGAGAUCAACCAUCGAUUGGUAGACAGUGUGAUUGUUGUUGGAGAAAAUGUCAGCUUUCUUAAAGCGCCGGGAGUAGCGGCUGAGGAUAGUGAAGGGUUGGUUAUCGAAUUCCUUUUCAAUGCAGUAUCGUUCAAUAUGAACGUAGAAUCUCAUAUUUUUGCAGAUAAAAAGUCAAUAAUCAAACCAUUAAGGUUGUUCGUUCCUACAAAUUAUCCAACUUCUUUGCCUGUUAUUGUAGACAAAGAGCUGUCAGAAGUCAGUACUGAAUGCCAGAAAGACCUAUCAACAAUAGCAAAAUCAAAGCUUAUUCGCUUUCUGAGAUGCUUGGAUCGGACAUGGUCACUUGAGGAUAUAGCAAUGUCAUGGGAACGUUGUGCCAGAGAAACAGUUCUUGAGUGUGCAAAAACCUUUGGAGGAGAAACUUUUACCUCAAUAUAUGGAGAGUGGGAAAAUUAUCAAACUGAAGUCAUGUCUUGA